AGGCCGAGCGCGGCCCCGGGCCCGGAGGAGGGCGGCCCCGAGGGGUGCGAGGUGUCCGCCGACGCCGUCCUGGCUCCGCUGAGGGAAGCCCUCGCCGCCCGCCGCCCCACCGUGCAGUUCCUGGCAGAGCUUCAGCAGCAGCACUGGGACACGGCCGAUGAGAUCCACCGCUCGCUCAUGGUGGACCAUGUGAACGAGGUGAGCCAGUGGCUGGGGGGGGUCAAGCGCCUGAUCGCUGAGACCAGGAACCUGCCCACGGAGGAGCCGGCUGCGGCAACGGACGGCAGCACCGAGGCUGAGCCUGACCAGGAGGAGCCCUGA